AUGACACUGAAAACGCCUCUGCGAACUUUAAUUGAUCUGCUCCUUUUAUCACCAGUAGUGGCUCAAUGGACCACUACCCACACGACGUCACCAAAUGCGAGUACAUUCGAUCCUCUGCAAUAUGUCAACCAACUUAUCGGCACUAACAACGGUGGGAAUGUUUUUGCAGGAGCUACCAUUCCAUAUGGAAUGGCCAAAGCAGUCGCUGAUGUUAAUGGUCAAAAUACUGCUGGAUUCUCAACGGAUGGUAGCAGUGUGACUGGAUUCUCACAUAUGCAUGAUUCUGGCACGGGAGGAAACCCUUCUUUGGGCAAUUUUCCAUUAUUUCCACAAUACUGCCCGGACGAUGUGAUUGAUAACUGCAAGUUCUCAAUCACGGAUCGAGCUGCGCCAUAUGUUCCUGACUCUGUGGUGGCUACGCCAGGAUAUUUUGGCUUAAGUCUAGCCAACGGGAUACACGCGGAGAUGACAGUUUCAGAGCAUGCUGCUCUUUAUCGUUUUAAAUUCCCUGCGGAAACAUCCUCGAAUGGGACGGUAUUGAGUCCGCUCAUUCUCUUAGAUCUGACAGAUUUGGCUGCUAGCAGGCAAAACGCAGCGAUCAGCGUGGCUGACAACGGUCGUAUAAAGGCAAACGGAACAUUCAUCCCAAGUUUUGGGAGUGGUUCAUUCAUGUCAUAUGUUUGUGUUGAUUUCUCAGGGGGGAGCAUUCAAGACACUGGAAUAUGGGUCAACAACAGAGCAGGAACGGAGCCGAGAGACUUGUUUGUCACAAGAGGCAUAAAUCUAUUCUAUAUUCAAGCUGGUGGUUUCAUACGCUUCGAUGCACCGACUAAUGGAACUAUCAGUGCUCGAGUGGGCGUUAGUCUCGUUAGUUCGAAUAAAGCAUGUCAGAAUGCAGAAAAUGAAAUUCCCGACUGGAAUUUUGCUGGGUUGAAAAAGACAGCUGAAGAUGCGUGGAGGGAAAAACUAAGUGUUGUGACUGUGGAGGCUGGCAAUGGGAGUGACGUAUCAUUAUUAACCAAUUUUUACAGCGCGAUAUAUAGGACGAUGAUGUCUCCGCAAAAUUAUACUGGAGAAAAUCCCUUAUGGGAAAGUACAGAACCCUACUUUGAUUCAUUUUACUGUAUCUGGGAUGCAUUUAGAUCUCAACUCCCAUUCCUCACUAUCAUCGAUCCAUCAGCCCUAUCAGAAAUGAUCCGCAGUCUUCUCGAUACCUAUAAAAACCUCGGCUGGCUUCCAGAUUGUCGUAUGAGUCUCUGCAAAGGUUUUACCCAAGGAGGUUCAAAUGCCGAUAACGUCAUCACCGACGCAUAUGUGAAGAAUCUCACCGGUAUAGAUUGGCAAGUAGCAUACGAAGCAGUGAUCAACGAUGCGGAAAAUGAGCCACUAGAUUGGUCCAACGAAGGACGGGGUGGUCUCAUGUCCUGGAAAGCGCUGAACUAUAUCCCCUACCUCGAUUACGACUAUCUAGGAUUCGGUACCAAUUCCCGAAGUAUUUCUAGAACGUUGGAGUAUUCAUACAACGAUUUCUGCAUCUCGACCCUCGGAAAAGGUCUAGGGAAACCGGAAUACACGAAAUAUUUACAGCGAGCCACGAAUUGGCAAGAUCUGUGGAAGGAAGAUCAAACGUCUUACAUCAAAGGUGUGGAUACAGGAUUCACGGGCUUCUUCCAACCGAAAUAUUUGAAUGGGACGUGGGGGUAUCAAGACCCGAUCUUGUGUAGUCCAUUGGAUGAUUUUUGUAGUUUGACGAGUAAUCCGCAAGAAACCUUUGUACCACACGAUAUCGCAACCCUGAUUGAUCUGCUCGGUGGGCCAGAACCGUUUAUUUCCCGUCUUGACUAUCUCCACACAAGUGGCCUGACAGAUAUCGGAAACGAACCCUCAUUCCUAACAGUAUUCCUCUAUCAUUACGCAGCUCGUCCCGCACUCUCCGCCUCUCGCGCUCACACCUACAUCCCCGCCUACUUCAACGCAUCUACCACUGGGCUCCCCGGUAACGACGACACAGGCGCCAUGGCCUCCUUUUCCGCUUUUUCCAUGAUGGGGUUAUUUCCUAACCCGGGACAAAAUGUAUAUUUAAUCAUCCCGCCAUUCUUCAAAGCCGUUAGUUUUACGAAUGAAAAUGGGAAGAGGAGUACGAUUAGGAAUUUGGGGUGGGAUGGGGGUGUGAGGAAUAUUUAUGUGCAGAGUGCGUGGGUAGAUGGGGUACGGUGGAAUAGGAGUUGGAUUGGACAUGAAUUCUUUACCGAAGGCAAGACAUUAGAGUUAGUUCUAGGGGAUACAGAAAGUGAUUGGGGUACCAAAGAGGAGGAUUUGCCCCCUAGUAUGAAUGUUGGUAACAUGAAGUUUUAG